AUGGCGGACAAUGAAGAGCAAGAGAGGACGACCUCGUACAAGCUGUUUUUGAAAGUAAUAAGCAAGAGAAGAACAUGGGUCUGUCUCUUUCUUGUUGUCUACGCGAUCCUCUUGUCUUCUUCUUGGAACUCGCUUAACUCGAUUGUAGAUUGGUACGGAGAGCACCAUCAGACAUCAUCUGGAUGGCCUGCGGUUUACGCUUCGGUGCUUCUUGGGGUUGUGUUCGGAGUUCUUUCGAUGGCAGCGGCGCUGUUUAUCGCUGUGCCGGCGAUUGUGGUGAUAUGGAUAUCGGUGGUGGUGUCGAUGGCGUUCGCUGGAAAAUCAAGGAGGAGAGUUGUGGUUGAAGGGAGGAAAGUGACGAAAGAGAUCGCUGGGUUUGUGUUUAGGGUUCUUCUUAAAGAAGGAAACUUUGUAGCUCUUCUUUGUGCUCUUCUUGCUUACUUCGUUUUCUUUAAUUCUUACUCUAUCUCUUCUUGA